AGAAGGGCACCGGCAGUCGGCACAAUUUACACUAAUUUAAAUAAUAAUAUGCCCUUUUCAUCCCUGUUUACAAGGAAUUAGCUAUAUUCUCAUGGAUUGCAGGUCGGGAAUAAUUGUCACUGACAAAGACAAUACUCGCUGAUCAUUACUGCCACUCUAAGACGUCGAGAGAGAGAAUAAUUUCCAGACACAGCAGGCUUUCACAGCUCUACAGACGACACAAAGUGCUGCUCUGCGUGGAGAAGCUAAGGUUUACUGAGAACUAUGGAGGGACCUUAUAAGUACAUCAGGGAUGGGAAUGGGAAAGUUAGCCGGGUCAUACGAAUUGGAACCCGAAAGAGCCAGCUGGCUCGUAUUCAGACGGACAGCAUUGCAGAAAAGCUGAAGGGACUGUACCCCGAUGUCCACUUAGAAAUAGUUGGCAUGACAACAACAGGGGACAAAAUCCUUGACACAGCAUUAUCAAAGAUUGGAGAGAAGAGCCUUUUCACCAAAGAACUGGAGACUGCUCUGGAGAGGAACGAGGUAGACUUGGUGGUCCACUCUUUGAAGGACUUGCCCACAACUCUACCUCCUGGCUUUACCAUAGGAGCUGUGCUAAAGCGGGAGAACCCCCAUGACGCAGUGGUCUUGCAUCCCAAAAACAUGGGAAAAUCCCUCGACACCCUGCCCGACAAGAGUGUGAUAGGCACAAGUUCCCUGCGACGGGCUGCUCAGCUAAAGAAAAGAUUCCCCCACCUGGAGUUUAAAGAUAUUCGAGGAAACCUCAACACAAGGUUGAAGAAGCUGGAUGAAAAGGACGACUUCUCUGCCAUUAUUCUGGCUGCAGCUGGACUCUGUCGCAUGGGCUGGGAGAGCCGAGUCAGCCAGAUCCUGGGCCCUGAGGACUGUAUGUACGCUGUUGGACAGGGGGCACUUGCCAUUGAGGUGCGGGCCAGAGACAAGGACAUCCUGGAGAUGGUGUCUGUUCUGCACGACCCCAACACGGUCCUGCGCUGUAUAGCAGAGCGAGCCUUCCUCAGACGACUGGAGGGGGGUUGCAGUGUACCAGUUGCUGUCCACACUGAAGUCAAGGAUUCUCAGCUCUACCUGACGGGUGCAGUGUACAGCCUGGAUGGUUCAGACAGUCUCAAGGAGACCAUGCAGACCGGCAUUGCUUCAGACAAUAAGGUGGAAGAGCAAGUGGAUGAGGGGGUCCAGCGCGCUGGCAUCACAGCGAACAAAAUGCCAGGCCCGGCCCAGGAUGCUUCUGAGAAGCUUGGUCUAGACCUGGCCAAUCUACUGCUGAGUAAAGGGGCUAAGGAGAUCCUUACCGUGGCCAGGCAGCUCAACGAUGCACAAUAAACUCACUCUAUGUGCCCCCAGCUGGGUCUGGAGGUGUAACCUGCACUCACCGGUAGUCCACACUAAUAUUAAAGCUCACACAUGGCUGACUGAGGACUCAUGAUAUUGAAUAGCACUGUCAGCACCACCAGACCUGGGUUUGAAUAGUAUGUGUUUUUAUUCAGAGUUUGAUUGAGCCUGCUUGGAGUGCCAGAACAUUAAUGUACAGGUAACUGCCAAAAUAAUGGAAACAUUUGAGUAAA